AUGACGCUUAGUCCAAAGGAUACCAUUACGAAGCCAAGUAUCAACGAGUUCAAGCAAGGCAAAACGCUGGGCGAAGGCAACUUCUCGCGCAUUGUUGAGGUCCAGCAUAAAGUAACGGGUGAAACUUUUGCACUGAAAAUCAUUGACAAGCAGCGCAUUAAGCGGCUGCGGGUUCGUCAUCCGAACGUUUUCAAUGAGAUCAACAUGGAAAAAGAUGCACUCAAUCGAUUGCGUCAUCCGAACAUCAUCCGCCUGUAUCAGACGUUCCAAGACGAGUCGAAUUUGUAUUUCUUAUUGGAGCUGCUGAAUGGUGGAGAGCUGCUCAAUCAAUUGAUACACGAAGGUCGGCAAUUGGGUCUCACGGAAGACCUUGCUCGGUUCUAUUUGGCUGAUGUCGUGAAUGCCGUCGAGUACAUGCACGCAAAUCAGAUGCUUCACCGCGACUUAAAACCUGAGAACAUAAUGAUUUGUGGUACGGUAGGAGGGCACUUGAAACUCAUUGACUUUGGUACGGCCAAACACUUUGCGGACAAGAAGCUGGACGGACCGAAUUUCGUCGGGACGCCAGAGUAUAUGGCCCCUGAGACAAUCAAAAAUAAGUACCCGACGUAUGCAAGUGAUAUGUGGGCAUUUGGCUGUAUCGCUUACCAGCUUUUGACAGGAGAAACGCCAUUUGGUGGUGGCAGUGCCUACCUCACUUUUCUGCAUGUUCAGAAUGGGAGCUUCGAUGUACCAGACUAUCUCUCUCCUGAAGCCCGUGACUUGAUUGAUGCGCUGCUUCAGAAAGACCCUGCGAAUCGACUCGGCGGGACCAGAGCGGAUGCGAUGAGUGCAGUCAAAGCGCACCCGUUCUUCAGAGACAUUGACUUUGACAAUCAUAUGCAAGUAGCAGUGCCCUCAUCACACUUAUGUGGAUCGGAGCUGUUUCCGCUGGUCAACAGCCUGGUUGAUGUUGAAAAGUCGCGUAGUCUCCGUCACACAAAAGAUAACGAUGGGGACCUCGUACAGAUACAGAUCAAUGCACUCUCGCCACGUGAGAAAAGUAUAUUGAUGCACGUCCUUCGACGCAAACACAAGUUGCACUUACCAGGAAUCUAUCCGCGCUUCUUCAGCUCGGUGAGCCGCGGUCGGUGCAUGUAUGCCUGUAACCGAGGCUACGUAGGAUUCACACACGACCUACAAAAUCAAUGGACCGGCAACUUUUCGUUCAUGCAGUUGUGCGGACCCAAGCUAGGCCAAGCAGCUGCCUUUAUUGAAGCAGAUGAUCGAGGAGGAUCUACGUGGGAAACCGAAUCAAAGGCGUUCCGUACCGCAAUCGAUUUCGUGAACGCUCGAAGACCCGAAUUUGUUGUAAUCUGUGGGGAGUUCGUAAAUUCAAAGCCGAGCCAGGCAUUCUACGAAGCCCAAGUCACAGCAUUCCAAGAACUGGUGAGCGAGAUCAUUCCCCAAACUCGUCUGGUAUUUGUCGCAGGGUCAGACGAAUUUGACACACCCAGUGACAAGAUGGUGUAUGAGGAGCAUUUUGGCGACGCCCGAUACAGCUUUUGGUAUGGUGGAAUCAAGUUCGUUGUUGCCAACUCGACGAUUCUGCGCCAAAAUGAUGAAUUUCCGGAUGAAGUGACAACCCAGACAGAGUGGAUGAAGAAGGAGCUGGAAAACGGGAAGCUUUGUGCACGUGGGACCGUGUUAUUUUCCGGCCGCUCACUUUGUUCGGUGACCGAAGUUGCUGAUACUUCGAACGGAAGCAACAGCGAGCAUGCACUGACAUGUGUCGAAAUCUCCGAGCAGCUCCGAGCAAAGUACUGGGAAAUGAUCCGCAAUGGCCAAGUAUGCCUUGUGUCAAGCGGAAGUUCAAAUGACAAUGGUGUGGCCAGUAUUUUGACCAAAGCUGAUGGAGAAGAGGCAGACGAGUAUAAGUGCGAGAUCGUAUCUUGCCAAUUGCCGUGGAGAGAAUCUUCAAGCAUUAUCCAUUGUACUGAGGUGACCGAAGACGGGGUCCUGACAACAGCUUGCCAUGUGGAAAGUUCUCGAUCGCUGUCACUAUAG